AAACCCGCUGUGGCAACAGAACAAAUUCAGCUCUCUCCCACCGACCCCACACGAAAAAUCAGCAUUGGGGCCGGUUUAGAGUCAGUGUUCAAGAAGGAACUCACAGAUUUGCUGCGCGAAUACGCAGACGUCUUUGCAUGGAGCCCAAAAGACAUGCCUGGCCUCGAUGAAUCCGUGGCCAUGCACAAACUGAGUGUCGACCCCAAGAAGGCGCCAAAAAAGCAGAAGCGGCGCAACUUCGCACCUGACCGCCAAAAAGCAAUCGACGCGGAAAUAGAUAAACUGUUGGACGCAGACUUGAUCUGUGAAGUCUCAUACCCGGAUUGGGUGGCAAACGUUGUGCUCGUCAAAAAAGCUAACGGGAAAUGGCGCAUGUGCGUCGAUUACACAGACCUUAACGCAGCGUGCCCUAAGGACCCAUACCCGUUACCAAGCAUAGACCAACUCAUUGACGCAACGGCCGGGCACCUCAUGCUCAGUUUCAUGGACGCUUUCUCAGGGUACAACCAGAUUAAGAUGGCACCGGAAGACUGCGAGAAAACUGCUUUCAUCACUCAUAGAGGAGUAUACUGCUACAAGGUCAUGCCUUUCGGCCUCAUCAACGCAGGCGCCACCUACCAACGCAUGAUGAAUAAGAUCUUCGCACCACAGUUGGGACGCAACAUGGAAGUCUACGUCGAUGACAUGAUCGUCAAAUCUAUGCUCCAAGAGACGCACUUGACCGACCUGCGAGAAUGCUUCGCAAACCUCAGAAAGCACAACAUGAAACUGAACCCCGACAAAUGCACUUUCGCCUUGGGAGCGGGUAAAUUCUUGGGUUUCCUGGUGAGCCAACGCGGGAUCGAGGCCAACCCGGAGAAAAUCCAAGCCGUCAUUGACAUGCAGCCCCCAAAAACCAUCAAGGACGUUCAACGCCUCACUGGGCGCCUAGCAGCAUUGCGACGCUUCAUAUCAAAGCUUGCGGAACGAUGCCUCCCUUUCUUCGACACCCUCAAAGGAGCACUCAAAACCAAAAAACUCACAUGGACAGAGGAGUGCCAAAAAGCCUUUGAAGACCUCAAGACGUACCUGGCGUCCGCGCCACUCUUGACGACCGCGUCCCCUAGCGAACCAUUGUCACUAUAUCUGGCAGUUUCUGACAAAACGGUGGGCGCAGUGCUUAUUAAGGAAGCAGAAGCGGUGCAAAGGCCCGUUUACUAUGUCAGCCAAACAUUAAAGGACGCAGAAACCCGCUACCCCAAUACAGAGAAAACCGCCCUAGCCCUGGUCAUGGCAAGCAGGAAGCUUCGUCACUAUUUCCAAGGACGGGAGAUACGAGUCAUCACGAAUCAACCCUUGCGCAAAAUCCUCCACAAGCCUGAGCUGUCAGGACGACUUAUUAAUUGGGCGAUCGAGCUCAGCCAAUUCCACCUCACUUAUAUCCCGAGAACCGCGAUCAAAGCACAGGCCCUGGAAGACUUCGUCGUGGAGUGUAACUUUGCUAAACCAGACGAGGAGGCACCGGACAACCAAAAACCCCUCCCGGUAGCGGAAGGGUGGAAGCUUUACGUGGACGGCUCCGCCACCAACACCAGAUGCGGAGCCGGGGCAAUACUCAUUAGCCCGGAUGGUUUUUGUAUAAAACAAGCCCUUCAGCUCAACUUCAAAGCCACCAACAACCAGGCGGAGUAUGAGGCCCUGCUUUCAGGUUUAGACCUCGCCCUAACUCUACAACUGCAAAAUCUUACCAUAUACAGCGACUCCCAGCUGGUAGUUCGCCAAACAACGGGUGACUACGCGGUCAAGGAUUCAACUCUAGCUCAAUACCAACAACAAGUGCAGACCCGCUUGUCCACACUCAAAAGCUACCAGCUCCACCAAAUAGACCGGGAAGACAACUCAUUGGCUGACAGCCUAUCCAAACUCCUAGAGGGAGAAUACACGACCUCGGACGGUCCCGUCUACUUCCUAUCUCUCCCGCAUCCCUCAACAGAGGCCAAGGAACAGCUCAGCAUCACGCUCAACGAGGACAACUGGAUGACCCCCCUCGUCGCUUACCUCCGGAACGGAACUCUGCCAACCGAGCAUAGCAAAGCCCGGCAGGUCAAGUCACACGCAGCCAAAUUCUUCCUACAAGACGAUGUUCUCUACCGUCGAAACUUCGACUCCCCCAUUCUCAAAUGCGUCGAUGACGAUGAAGCAACAUACUGCAUGCGGGAAGUUCACGAGGGCAUAUGCGGGGAUCACAUGGCGGGCAAGGCCCUUACACAUAAAAUCUUGCGCCAAGGAUAUUAUUGGCCAACCAUGGCAAAAGACUGCAAAGCCUUUGUCAGAGCAUGCCACCAAUGCCAGCUCUUCAGCAACGUCCCGCGCGCAGCCCCCGCAGUCCCAGUUUCAAUACUCUCCCCUAUCCCGUUCGCUGUGUGGGGAAUCGACAUUAUGGGACCAUUCCCCAAAGCCCGCGGGGAACUCCAAUUUGUCAUGGUGGCCAUCGAUUAUAUGACAAAAUGGGCAGAAGCCAAAGCACUCCGGACCAUCACCCAAGAAGACGCAAUCCGGUUUGUCCGUAACCAGAUAAUCACCCGGUUCGGUAUCCCCACAACUCUCAUCUCUGACAACGGGACACAGUUCGUAGGAAAGAAAUUUACCACCUUCCUCUCUGAUCACGGGAUCAAGCACAAAAAAGCAUCAGUAUGCCACCCGCAAAGCAACGGACAAGUCGAAGUCACAAAUCGCAUCAUCCUUCGCGGACUAGAAAAAAGCCUCACAGAAUCCAAGAAAAAAUGGCCAGAACACCUACCCCAAGUCCUAUGGUCCUACCGCACCACGCAGAAAACAAGCACAGGGGAAACACCAUUUAAACUAGCAUUCGGGGCAGAAGCACUGGCACCAGUGGAAAUAGGAUCACCGUCCUUCCGCAUGCAAAAUUUCAACAUCAACGACAGCAUUGAGGGAAUGCGGACUAACUUAGAGUUACUGGACGAGGUCCGAGCAGACGCAGUCCAGAAAAUGGAGCUUUACAAAGAAAAAACAAGGGACUUCUUCGGAAAGCGGGUCCGAAUGCGGGCAUUCCAGGUGGGAGACUUGGUCAACAGAGCAACCGAGGCAUCAGACCCGCGCCACACGGGCAAGCUAAUGCCCAAGUGGGAAGGUCCAUAUAAAAUAGCACAAAUCAUCCGUCCCGGCUCUUACAAGCUAUCCCACUUGGAUGGCACGGAGGUCAACAAUACUUGGCACGCAGAAAAACUCAAGAAAUAUUAUCAGUAGCAGACAUGUCCUAAUGAUUCAUAGCAUGUAAACGGGCAUCCUUUUGGACUUAUAUAUAUUAUCACGAUGUUUUCCGUUAAUUUGCAUCCUGAUGAUUCAUCCAACAAGAAGCACAUAAAAAGCACAGUAUAUAAAGCACAUCUCAACAAAAAGCACAUAAAAGCACAUUUGCGCACAAGACAAAAGGACAACUUAUAAUAUAUAAUCCAUAGCUUACAAAGAUCAGCUGACGGCCGCCGCGGGAACAGCGCUACCCGGGUCAAGCCACACCAACGUGUACCAAGCAUAUUACAAACGCACACAUACGGAAAAUACAAACAACAUUGGACCCCCGAAACAUACAACGGGGGUACUUAGGAAAUACAAACAACUAGCAUGGCGGUAACGACAUCUAAAAUGCCUCAUCCUCCUCGCUCGAGUCACUCGCGGAAAGCUCGUUGUGAAUGAGCUGCAACUGCGCCCAAAUCGCACCACGGCGUUUCACCUGGCGGGCACGAGCACGCUCCAUCUUCUUGUGAUAAGAUUCAUGCAGGUCUUUGUUCUUCUGCAUCAACUCCUCAAGGGCACCUCGAGCACGAGUGCUGAGCGGCUCGUCAAUCCACACUUCAUAGUAACAAUCACCCGCAACACAAGCCUCCAUACGCCGCCCAGCAUUCCGGCCACCCCAGAUAGUCUUCAUCACAACAGGACGAUCACAGUAACAGCGAGAGCCUACAAGA